GUUACAAAGACGGCUAAUGUUUCUGAGGCGUCGGCAGUGGAGUCGGUUAAAAUCUAUAGUUAGAUAAAAGUGCUGGCAUCCACUUAAUGUUAACCUGAGCAGAAAAUAUGGAUAAGGAAGAACAAAGAGUAGAGUUUUUGCAAAAUAUCACUUUGACGUUGUUAAGACUAAAGCGAGAUAAAUGGCAGAAGUUUAUCGCGGCGGAGCAAAAUCUUUCCAACAUCCGGGACUUUUUUGAACAACUGGAUUUUUGCCAUCUUUUUAUUUCACUAAAUGCAGCCUCUGACCUUGUCGCUACUCUCACUUUUCCACCCACAUUCAAAACCACGACUGUUUACUUCGUGAAAAAAGAAAACGUAGCAAUAAACAACAACAAUAUACGAGACCUUCUCGUUGGAAACUUCGUCGGUUCGCCUGUGAAUGCAACGGCUAAUGUAGCCGAGGUUAUUCAUUCGAUGCGCAUGAAAAAGCAAGUCAUGAAGAUCGACUUAGGUCCAGAAAUGUCUCUUCGUGCGCACGUGCUGAGGAAUGAGGUACAUGUUGUAAGAGAUCGUCUCAAAGGAAGGACCUUCCUCCCGCUACCCGAGAAUGCAGACUCCCUGGAGAAAACUGCGUACAGACAAUCUCAUUGCAUUGAUAGCACAUUACUGCAUGCUUUUGAGACAGUGAUAACUGACUGGACACAUAGAGUGGGAAACGUUCUGAGGACAGUCUCAGCUCAACCAAUAAUUGAUGGACUAAAUCCACUUCCAAAAGCAGAGUUUGCUUUCUGGUCCAACAGGCUAAUGGAUCUGGAAUAUAUAAAUGAGCAGCUUAUGAACCCAAAGGUGCUAAAAAUGGCAGAAAUUUUGGAAACGAGUGAAAGCUAUUUUAUGCCAGCAUUGAGAAAUAUCUACAAAGAUGUCAAGGAAGGUUUAAGAGAAGCCACAGAUGUACUCAUUUUCCUGAAGCCACUGCAAAAGAGGCUUGAUGAAAUUGAACAGUUGGAGUAUUAUUUGUUGCCCUCAUCCACUAAAGCUAUGAUGCACACAGUGGCUCUGAUUUGGGCUAAUUCAGAAUACUACAGUCACCCCGAAAAGAUCAUAGUCAUCUUACAAGAGAUCUGCAAUUUGUUCAUAGAUAUGACAAGAAAUUUCCUAGAUCCUGAUGAAGUUAUGAAGGGUCUAGAGGGGGAAAUAGAUGAAACAAUUGGAAAAAUCAAAAUAAGCAUUGAGACUCUAGUUACACUGAGAGCAAGCUUUGACCAGUGUAAAAUAGAUAUGGACAAAUACUUCAAGAAUGGGACGCCAAGGAACUGGGAUUUCCCAUCAGAUCUUGUGUUUACAAGAUUAAAUGCAUUUCUGCAGCGCUUGCAAAACAUUGAGGAGGUCUAUGAAACCUCUGUAGAGUUUCUGAAAUUGGAGAAAGUUGCAUUUCAAGGCAUACGAGGACGUGUUCUGGGAAACUCAAUUCUCCUCAUUUAUGAGAAUUUUCUUGGGCUCAUAAAGAUUUUUUCUGAAUGCAAAUAUGAUCCAGUAGACACAUGUGAUAAGAGCUUUGAGAUGGACUUUAAAGAGUUCCAGACACACAUUACAGACUAUGAGCGGAGGAUUGGGACAAUCUUUUGUCAAGCAUUUGAUGACUGUGCAUUUCCACAGUCAGCUACAAAGCUAUUUGAAAUGUUUGGUUUUGUGCUUAAGAGACCUCUACUCCAGUCGCUGAUCUCCUCAAAGUGCAAGAAAUUGUUUACAAUGUUCAGCGUAGAGCUAGAUAGACUCAAGCUAAUUUAUGAUGUUCAGAUGAAAGCAUUGGACAUAUGUCAAGGAGCACCUCCCAUUGCUAAGAAUAUGCCACCUGUUGCUGGACAACUAAAAUGGGCCCAAGAAUUAAAAGAGAGAUUGCAGAUACAGAUGAAGAGCAUCAGCGCAAUUCAUCAUAUGUACAUGGACAGUGAUGAAGUGAAACUUGUUUGCCAGAAAUACAAUGAGAGGAUGGAACUGUUGCAUAAUUUCUGUGAUCGCGUUUAUACACAAUGGAGUGCCAAAGUUGAUACUGAUUGCAAGUUCAAUUUGGCCCAACCGUUGUUAUUAAGAAAACAGAAAAACAACUUCCUUAAAGUUAAUUUCAGCAAUCAGCUUGUGGCUGUAUUGAGGGAGGUAAAAUACCUCACAAUGCUAGAUCAAGAUGCUAUCCCUCCUUGUGCAGCUGCUAUUUUUGCCAAGCAUGAAACUUUCCGAAAAUAUGUUGCCAGUUUGAACCUCAUUGUGUCUGUGUACAAUCAGGUUCAGGCAACACUUCUGCCUGUGGAAUUUUCACUAAUGAAGGAAGAAUUGAUGAACUUAGAUGAAGAGUUAGCAUGUGCUGAAAACUCACUCUGUUGGAAUAGUGAAGGUAUAUGGGAGUAUAUCCAGAAAAUGACAGACUCUAUUCAAGAUGUCCAGAGCAGGAUUGAACUGGCCAAUUGUAAUGUUAAAAGAAUGCAGGACAUAAUGAAUGAAUGGAUAGUGACUCCGAUGUUUGAAAGAAAAGACAACAAAAUAGAUUCACUUCUUGACUUAGAAGGAAGAUGUGUUGCUCUACAAAAGAAGUACAAAAGCAUUACAGAAUCUGGAGAGAAGAUUCAUGCCUUGAUAACAGAAAAUAAAAUUAUAUUCAGGGCAAAUGAAUGCUCAGAGUCUUGGAUAAAAUAUACAGACUACAUUGAUGAUAAAGUUCUUGAUGGAUUCUACAAGGUCAUCUAUGUGUCCCUUGAUUUUCUACUUAAGAAUAUGUGUGCAGAGGCUGAACAUCCCUUAUUUGAAGUGUGUUUUGCACUAGAGGAUGGAAAUACUGCCUUUCACCCAUCUAUGAGUUCAGAUGGCUUCUAUUAUCUGGUUGAAAACCUUAUUUAUGAUGUCUAUUCAACUGCCGCACUUAUCCCACGUAUAUCUAUGACAAACAGAAUCAGUUACAUGGUGGAACUUGAAGAAAUGUCUGUGCUAACAGACAUGCGUAAAGAGUUAAUGACUCGAGUGUUGAAUGGAAUGAAGGAUGCUCAGGAUUAUCAUGAAGUCUUUCACAAGUAUGCCUAUCUCUGGAAGGAUGAUCAGGAUAAGGUCAUGGAGCUAUUCCUAAUGUAUGGCAAACUGUUCAAACUUGAUGACAACUGUUAUGAGAAUAUCCCAAAAAAAUCAGCAACACUCAAAGAAUUCAAAGAAGCGGUUGACACCUAUGAAGAACUCUACACUGAAGUGAAAAAACUGAAGAACACAAAGAUAUUACAGCAGUGGCUUCAGGUUGACUUCAGGCCAUUCAAGCACACGCUCCUGAAUAUCAUCCAGAAAUGGAGCUGUAUGUUUAAGCAAAAUCUUUCUGAUGGUGUUACUAACAGCCUGAGGGAUCUGGAAGCUUUUAUUAAGGAGGUAAAGUUAGGCCUGACUAAGAUUGUAGUAGAGGGAGACAGUGAAAGCCUGGUGGAGGUAAUGGGACAUCUGUUUAGAGUGAAAAACCAACAAGUGACUACUGACACCAUGUUUGACCCACUGAAGGACACCAUUGUAUUCCUAACAAAGUGUGGAAAGAAGCUUCCUAAUGAAGUCCAUGCACAAUUAAAGGAUUUACCAGGGCACUGGAAUAAUCUGAAAAAGAUGGCUUUGCAAGUACAAAAAAAUGUUCUUCCAUUUCAAAUGCAGGAAGGCAAUAUAAUUAAACAGAUGUGUCAGCAAUUUGAGAUUAAGCAGCUCGAGUUUCGCGAGAAGUUCCAACAGCAGCCAUUCUUUCUAUUCUCUUUUAAGAAUCCCUAUGAAGCCAUUUCUAAGGCUCAGAACACUGUCACUGCACUUGAGGCUGAAAUGAAGCACUUGCAUAAAUUGGCAAUCUUAUUUGAAGUGAAUAUCCCAGAUGACAAACAGCUGAAAGCUUGUCAAAGAGACCUUGUUUUGCUGAAUGAACUAUGGGACAUGAUAUACUUGGUUAAAAGGUAUAUGGAUGCCUGGAGCAGAACUCCCUGGAAAGACGUACAUGUAGAUGACAUGAUCAGGGACACUAAGAAGUAUGCCAAAGACAUCAAGGGUCUAGAUAACGAAGUGAAAUUGUGGGAUGCUUUCAAAGGCUUGGAAAACAUGGUGAAGAACGUAGUAACAUCUCUGCAGACAGUAGGAGUUCUUCAGAGUCCAGCCAUCAGAGACAGGCAUUGGCAACAGCUGAUAAUGGCAGCCAAGGUGGAUUUUAAAAUUUCAGAGGAAACUACACUUGAAGACUUAAUGAAGUUGAACCUUCAUAAGAUUGAGGAUGAAGUCCAUGGAACUGUUGACAGAGCUAAAAAGGAAUUGUGGAUGGAAAAUAUACUGCAUGAGCUUGAAAAUACCUGGAGUGAUUAUCUGUUUGAGUAUGUUCCUCAUGGUCGCACAGGCACCAUGCUUUUGAAGCAGAAUGAGAUGCUGGUGGAGACAUUACAGGACAACAAGGUCCAACUCAGUUCACUCAUGGCUUCCAAAUACAUUGCCCAAUUCCUGGAGGAGGUGUCAAGUUGGCAGCAGAAACUAUUCACUGCAGACUCAGUCAUUUCUACCUGGUUCCAUGUGCAACAUACAUGGUCUUAUCUAGAAUACAUCUUCGUUGGCUCUGAGGACAUCCGUUCACAGUUACCAGAAGACUGCAGACGUUUUAAUGCCAUUGACAUUGAGUUCAAGGAAAUAAUGGAUGAUGCCAUCAGGACUCCAAAGGUGAUUGAGUACACAAAUAAGAAAGGUCUUCUAGAGAAGCUGGAACAUUUAGAGGCUAGGUUGGCAACAUGUGAGAAGGCACUUGUAGAAUAUUUAGAGAUCAAACGAGUUGCUUUUCCUCGAUUUUACUUUGUGUCCUCUGCGGAUCUUCUAGAUAUAUUGUCCAACGGCAUCAAUCCUGUUCAGGUCACCAAACACUUGUCUAAACUCUUUGACAGCAUAUCCAAUUUGAAAUUCCAACUUGAUGAAAAUGAUAAACCUCUAAAACAGGCACUGGGAAUGUACAGUAAUGAAAAUGAAUAUGUAAAAUUUGAUAAGGAAUGUGACUGUUCAGGGCAGGUAGAGACAUGGUUAAACAGAUUAUUGGAACGAAUGGUGGAAACGUUGCGAGUUGAAUUUGGAGAGGCUGUCAUAAGCUAUGAAAAGAAGCCCAGAGAACACUGGCUCUUUGACCACCCAGCACAGGUUGCUUUAGCUGCCACUCAGAUUUGGUGGACCAGUGAGGUGGGCAAUGCUUUAGCAAGACUUGAAAUGGGUUAUGAAACUGCCAUGAAAGAUUACUUCAAAAAACAGGUUUUGCAACUAAAUGUCCUGAUCACUCUGCUGCUUGGUGAACUUACAAAAGGAGAUCGCCAGAAGAUUAUGACUAUCUGUACAAUUGAUGUUCAUGCUCGGGAUGUUGUUGCUAAAUUGAUUGCCAACAAAAUCGACAGUGUUCAAGCAUUUAUGUGGCAGUCUCAAUUGAGGCAUCGCUGGGAUAACGAUAGAAUGCAAUGCUUUGCCAAUAUCUGUGAUGCACAGUUCCAAUACUCAUAUGAAUAUUUAGGAAACACUCCUCGAUUGGUUAUCACACCGCUAACUGAUAGGUGCUACAUUACUCUCACCCAGUCUCUCCAUCUCAUUAUGGGAGGUGCACCUGCAGGCCCUGCUGGAACUGGGAAGACAGAGACAACCAAAGAUUUGGGGAGAGCCCUGGGCAUUAUGGUGUAUGUGUUCAAUUGCUCUGAACAAAUGGAUUACAAGUCUUGUGGAGAUAUUUACAAGGGCUUGGCCCAGACUGGAGCAUGGGGCUGCUUUGAUGAGUUCAAUCGGAUAUCUGUAGAAGUGUUAUCUGUCAUAGCAGUACAGGUCAAGUCUAUACAGGCUGGCAUCAAAGGGAAACAAAGCACCAUUGACAUUGGUGGGCACAUCAUUAAACUGAUCCCAACUGUUGGUGUUUUCAUCACCAUGAAUCCUGGAUAUGCUGGCCGUGCUGAACUGCCAGAAAAUCUCAAAGCCCUUUUCAGGCCAUGUGCUAUGGUUGUUCCUGAUUUUGAGCUAAUUUGUGAGAUUAUGUUGGUGGCAGAAGGAUUUACUGAAGCCAGGAUCCUAGCCAGGAAAUUCAUCACCCUCUAUAGCCUGUGUAAAGAACUGCUCUCUAAACAGGAUCAUUAUGACUGGGGACUGCGUGCAAUUAAAUCAGUGCUUGUGGUGGCUGGAUCCUUAAAGAGAGAAGACCCAGGCAGACCAGAAGACGAGGUGUUGAUGAGAGCCUUAAGAGACUUCAACAUUCCCAAGAUUGUGAUGGAUGACAAGCCAGUCUUCAUGGGACUUAUUGGAGAUCUUUUCCCUGCUCUUGAUGUGCCUAGGAAGAGAAAUAUGGAAUUUGAAAAGCUGGUGAAGCAGUCAGUGUUGGAUUUGAAACUACAGGCUGAGGACAUCUUUGUGCUAAAGGUGGUUCAGUUGGAGGAACUAUUAGCUGUCAGACAUUCUGUCUUUAUCAUUGGCAGUGCAGGGAGUGGCAAGUCUCAGGUUUUGAAGUCUCUAAACAAAACAUACCAGAACAUGAAAAGGAAGCAUGUUGUAGUGGAUUUAGAUCCUAAAGCUGUUACUUGUGAUGAGCUCUUCGGGAUUAUCACCCCUACUACGAGAGAGUGGAAAGAUGGUCUGUUCUCGUGUGUCAUGAGGGAGAUGGCUAAUAUAAUUCAUGACGGGCCUAAGUGGAUUGUUUUGGAUGGUGAUAUUGACCCCAUGUGGAUUGAAUCCCUUAACACGGUUAUGGAUGACAAUAAGGUGUUGACUCUGGCCAGUAAUGAGCGUAUUCCUUUGAAUCCCACCAUGCGACUAGUCUUUGAGAUCAAAGAUCUUCGAACUGCUACUCCUGCUACAGUGUCUAGAGCUGGAAUUCUCUUUAUAAACUCUGAUGACCUGGGCUGGAGUCCACUUGUGAGGAGCUGGAUUGAGAAACGAGAUAUUCAGUCAGAGAAAGCAUUUCUGUUCCUUUUGUUUGAGAAGUAUCUGCCAUCUUGCAUGGAAAAGCUCAAAUUCAGUUUUAAAAAAAUCAUCCCAAUCCCAGAAAUAACACUAGUUCAAACACUACUGUAUCUCUUGGAGUGCUUUCUGAUUCCUAAAAACAUUCCACCUGACUCCAGCAAAGACCUAUAUGAGCUUUACUUGGUUUUUGCCUGUGUAUGGGCCUUUGGAAGUUCCAUGGUUCAGGAUCAGCUAAUUGAUUGCCAUCUGGAAUUCAGCAAAUGGUGGGUCAGUGAGUUCAGGACCAUCAAGUUUCCAUCAGAGGGUACAGUCUUUGACUAUUUCAUUGACAGCGAGUCAAAAAAAUUCAUUCCAUGGACAGAAAAAAUACCUAAAUUCACUCUUGAUCCAGACAUUCCUCUGCAGGCCUGCUUGGUUCACACUGCUGAGACCAUUCGUAUACGUUAUUUCAUCGAUGAGUUAAUAGAGAGAAAAAGGCCAGUGAUGUUGGUAGGAAAUGCUGGCAGUGGAAAGUCUGUGCUCAUAGGAGACAAAUUGCGCAGCCUUAGCACAGAUCAGUAUAUAGUUCAGUCUGUGCCUUUUAACUUCUACACUACUUCUGCAAUGCUCCAAGCCAUUUUGGAAAAGCCUUUAGAGAACAAAGCAGGUCGUAACUACGGUCCCCCAGGAAAAAAACGUCUUAUCUACUUCAUUGAUGAUAUGAACAUGCCUGAGGUAGACAAAUACUUCACUGUGGCUCCACACACACUCAUCCGCCAACACAUGGAUCAUGGCCACUGGUAUGACAGACAGAAACUUACACUAAAAGACAUCCAGAACUGCCAGUAUGUGGCUUGCAUGAACCCCACUGCAGGCAGUUUCACUAUUGAUCCUCGACUACAGAGGCACUUUUGCGUGUUUGCUGUGAGCUUCCCUGGCCAAGAUGCCCUGUUCAGCAUCUACAGUAGCAUUUUUUCACAGCACCUAGACAUGAAAAGAUUUUCUCCUGCACUAAAGAAUUUCUGCUCAACAUUUGUUAAUACAGCUCUCAUGUUUCAUCAGAAGAUAUCGACUUCUUUUCUUCCCACGGCUGUCAAGUUUCAUUAUGUAUUUAAUCUUAGAGAUCUGUCCAACAUUUUCCAGGGUUUACUGUUCUCUAGUCCAGAGAGUGUGAAAGUUCCUUUUGACCUUAUCAGAAUCUGGCUACAUGAAUGCAAUCGAGUCUAUGGAGACAGGUUAACGGAUGAAAAGGACAUUGAACUCUUUGAGAAGAUUCAGGAAGAUAUCUGUAAAAAUUGCUUUGAGGAAGAAAAUCUAGGAAAGCUUUUUGCGAAACCAAAUAUCUACUGCCAUUUUGCACAAGGAACUGGAAAUCCAAAGUACUUCCCUAUAACAGACUGGACAGCAUUGAAUAAACUAUUGACUGAAACCCUGGAAAGUUACAAUGAAGUGAAUGCAGUCAUGAAUCUGGUUCUCUUUGAGGAUGCCAUGUCCCAUAUUUGCAGGAUUAACCGUAUACUGGAGAGUCCCAGGGGCAAUGCACUGCUGGUGGGGGUAGGGGGAAGUGGAAAACAGUCUUUGUCUCGUUUGGCAGCUAGUAUCAGUGAUUUUGAAGUGUUUCAGAUCACUCUUCGGAAAGACUAUGGAAUUUCUGACCUAAAGUUGGACCUAAGUGCGCUCUACAUAAAGGCUGGUGUGAAGAACAUAGGCACUGUGUUCUUGAUGACAGAUUCUCAGGUGGCAGAUGAGACAUUUCUGGUGCUUAUUAAUGAUCUACUGGCCUCUGGGGAAAUUCCUGGCCUGUUUCAGAAUGAUGAGAUUGAAAAUAUUAUAGGUGCUAUGAGGAAUGAGGUCAAAAGCAUUGGCCUGCAGGACACACGAGAUAACUGCUGGAAAUUUUUCAUUGACAGAGUUAGAAAACAAUUAAAGGUGAUUUUGUGCUUCUCCCCAGUUGGCUCAACUCUAAGAGUUCGAGCUCGCAAAUUCCCAGCUUUAGUUACCUGUACGUGUAUUGACUGGUUCCAUGAGUGGCCAAAAGAAGCAUUGGUGUCUGUCAGUACCCGCUUCUUGUCUGAGACAGAAGGCAUUAAGCCUGAACUCAAAGACUCCCUGAGUCAGUUUAUGGCCUAUGUGCACAAGACAGUGAAUGACAUGUCAAAAUGCUACCUCCAAUUAGAUCGCCGCUAUAAUUACACAACCCCAAAAACCUUUCUGGAGCAGAUUAAUCUCUAUCAGAAUCUACUUAGUGUAAAAAGGACAGAAAUACUAGCAAAAAUGGAUAGACUUGUAAAAGGAUUGAACAAAUUAGAAAGUACCGCUGCACAGAUAGAUGGCCUGAAUGCUAAACUGGCAGUUCAAAAAGUAGAGCUUAAACAGAAGAAUGAGGAUGCUGGUAAGCUUAUUCAAGUUGUAAAAACAGAAACAGAUAAGGUAUCCAAGGAGAAGGCCGUUGCUGUUGAGGAGGAGCUGAAAGUGCAAGAUAUUGCCAAGAAUGUAGCUGAGAAGCAGAGGUGCUGUGAGGAGGACCUAGCCAAAGCUGAGCCUGCUCUACUUGCUGCACAAGAGGCUUUGAACACAUUAAACAAGAAAAACUUAACUGAGCUUAAGUCAUUUGGUGCACCUCCAGAGGCUGUAGUUAAUGUCACAGCAGCUGUGAUGGUCCUUCUUGCCACCAAUGGCAAAAUCCCCAAAGACAAAAGUUGGAAAGCAGCUAAAAACAUGAUGGCAAAAGUUGAUUCUUUUCUGGAUAGUUUGAUCAGCUACCAAAAAGAAAAUAUACCUGAUGAAUGUAUCAAAGCUUUUGAACCCUUCAAGAAUGACCCUACAUUUGAGCCAAAUUUUAUUAGACAGAAGUCCAUAGCUGCUGCUGGACUUUGCUCAUGGUGUCUCAAUAUUGUUAAGUUCUAUGAAGUCUAUUGUGAUGUGAAGCCCAAAAGGCAGGCCUUAGGUCAGGCCAAUGCUGAGCUGGCUGCAGCCAAGCAAAAACUGUCUUUGAUCACUUCCAAAAUAGCGCAACUGAACACCAAUUUGGCCAAACUGACAGCAGAAUGUGAGAAAGCUAGAGAUGACAAACUGAAGUGCCAAAAGGAAGCUGAUGAUACUAAUAAGACUAUUUCCCUUGCUAACAGACUUCUUGGAGGUUUAACAUCUGAGAAGACCCGUUGGUCAGAAUUAUUAGCCCAGUUAAAAAGUCAGGAGACAACACUUUGUGGUGAUGUCAUGUUGAUUUCAGCAUUUGUGUCAUAUGUUGGAUAUUUCACAAAGAAAUAUCGCACUGACCUCAUGGAUAAAUAUUGGCUUCCUUACCUCAGGGAACUUAAGGUCCCUGUUCCCAUCACAGAGGGUCUAGAUCCUCUGACCCUCCUUACCAAUGAUGCAGAAAUAGCAGCUUGGAGCAACCAGGGUCUGCCUAGUGACCGUACGUCCGUUGAGAAUGCCACCAUCCUCUGCAACACUGAGCGCUGGCCACUGAUUGUGGAUGCUCAGCUCCAGGGUAUCAGAUGGAUCAAGAACAAAUUUGGAGACAACCUCAAAAUCAUCCGUUUAGGACAGAAAGGAUACCUUGACAUUAUAGAAAAUGCAGUCUCCAGUGGAGAUCUAUUGUUGAUUGAAAAUAUCAGUGAGACUGUUGAGCCUGUUUUGGACCCCCUGCUUGGAAGGAAUACAAUUAAGAAGGGAAAGUAUAUAUGUAUUGGUGACAAGGAGGUAGAAUACCACCCUAAGUUUCGACUCAUACUUCACACUAAGCAUUUCAAUCCUCACUAUCAACCAGAGAUGCAGGCUCAGUGCACACUGAUUAAUUUUCUUGUCACACGUGAUGGGCUGGAAGACCAGUUGUUGGCAGCUGUUGUUGCUAAAGAAAGACCUGACUUAGAAACACUUAAGGCAGAACUAACCAAACAACAGAAUGAAUUUAAGAUUUUGCUAAAGCAGCUAGAGGACUCUCUGCUUGCCCAUAUCUCAGAUGCCUCAGGAAACUUCCUUGGUGACACAGCACUAGUGGAAAACCUGGAGAACACCAAGAAUACUGCAACUGAGAUUGAGCAAAAGGUGCUCGAAGCAAAGACAGCAGAGGCAAAGAUCAAUGAGGCAAGAGAGAAUUAUAGACCUGUAUCUAUCCGUGCAGCUCUGCUGUUCUUCAUUCUCAAUGACCUUAAUAAAAUCAACCCCAUCUAUCAGUUCUCUUUAAAGGCAUUUAGUAAGGUAUUUGAGGAAGCCAUUAUGCAAACUGAGCCAGCAGAUGAUGUGAAACAGCGAGUGGACAACCUAAACAAUGAAAUUACAUACUCUGUUUUCAUGUAUACCAACCGCUGUUUGUUUGAGAGAGAUAAACUCACAUUCAUUGCUCUGAUUGUUUUCCAAAUACUGGCAAAGAAUAAAGAGAUCAACCCCUCAGAACUGGAUUUCUUGCUAAGAUUCCCUUUCAAAGCAGGCCUGGUAUCGCCUGUUGACUUCCUGUCCAACCAGGGAUGGGGUGGCAUAAAGACAUUAGCUGAAAUGCAUGAAUUUAGAAAUUUGGACAAAGAUAUAGUUGAGUUUGCCACGCGCUGGAAGAAGUUUGUAGAGACUGAGGCUCCAGAGAAGGAGAUGUUUCCUCAAGACUGGAAGAAAAUGAGCAGCAUACAGAAGCUGUGCAUGAUGAGAUGCAUUAGACCUGACCGAAUGUGUUAUGCUAUCAGAAAUUUUGUUGAGGCAAAGCUAGGGACCAAGUAUGUGGAUGGCCGCAGUGUGGAGUUUGCUGUGUCCUUUGAAGAGAGCAGCUCAUCCACUCCUAUGUUCUUCAUCCUCUCUCCUGGAGUUGACCCAUUAACGGACAUAGAGGCACUAGGCAUGAAGAAGGGCUUUACAACUGAUAAUGGCAGGUUUCACAAUGUGUCUCUGGGUCAGGGCCAGGAAGUAGUGGCUGAGGCUGCUUUAGAUCUGGCAGCAGCACAGGGACAUUGGGUCAUUCUGCAGAACAUCCACCUUGUGGCUAAAUGGCUGGGCAGUUUGGAUAAAAGAAUAGAGAAGUACAGUAUUGGGAGCCACAGUGAUUAUCGUGUGUUUAUGAGCGCUGAGCCAGCCCCUACACCUGAGUCUCACAUCAUCCCACAAGGUCUGCUCGAAAACUCUAUCAAAAUUACCAAUGAGCCACCUACUGGCAUGCAUGCAAACCUGCACAAAGCACUCAACCUCUUCAAUCAGGAUACCUUGGAGAUGUGCUCAAAGGAGUCAGAGUUUCAAGUCAUUCUGUUUGCUCUGUGUUAUUUCCAUGCUGUGGUGAGUGAGAGACGCAAGUUUGGAGCACAAGGCUGGAACAGGUCUUACCCUUUCAACAAUGGAGAUCUAAUCAUCUGUACAAAUGUCCUCUACAACUACCUAGAAGCCAAUUCAGAGGUUCCCUGGGAUGAUCUGCGUUACUUGUUCGGUGAGAUCAUGUAUGGUGGCCAUAUUACUGACGACUGGGACCGAAGACUAUGCAGGACAUAUCUUCAGGAAUAUAUGCAGCCAGAGAUGUUAGAGGAAGAACUACAGCUAGUGCCGGGUUUUCCUGUACCACAAAACUUGGAGUACAAGGGUUAUCAUAUGUACAUUGAUGAGAUGCUGCCACCAGAAAGUGCAUACUUGUAUGGAUUGCAUCCUAAUGCUGAGAUCGGCAUCCUGACCGUCACAUCUGAGAAGCUCUUCCGUACUGUGCUGGAGCUCCAGCCCAAAGAGUCUGUCUCUGCCGGUGGAGGUGGUGCCUCUCGAGAGGAAAGGGUUAAAAACAUCUUGGAUGAGAUUCUGGAAAAGCUGCCAGAUGGAUUUAAUAUGAUGGAGAUCAUGUCAAAAGUGAAUGUGAAAACCCCUUUUAUCAUUGUUGUGUUCCAAGAAUGUGAGAGGAUGAAUAUACUUACUAAAGAAAUCUCAAGAUCUUUGAAAGAACUCAGUUUAGGUCUAAAGGGAGAGUUAACCAUCACUACAGACAUGGAAGAGCUAGGAAAUUCUCUGUUUUUGGACACAGUUCCAGAAACCUGGACAAAGCGUGCAUACCCUUCUCUAAAGGGGCUGGGUGAUUGGUAUGCAGAUCUUCUCCUCAGAAUCAAGGAACUGGAGACCUGGACAUCUGACUUUGCCAUGCCUGCUGCAGUUUGGCUGUCUGGCUUUUUCAACCCCCAGUCUUUCCUCACUGCCAUCAUGCAGGCCACAGCCAGGAAAAAUGAAUGGCCUUUGGACAAGAUGUGUCUGGCUGUGGAGGUGACUAAAAAGAAUAGGGAGGACAUGACCAGUGCCCCCAGAGACGGUGCUUUUAUCUAUGGCCUUUUCAUGGAAGGAGCUCGCUGGGAUAUCCAGUCUGGUGCAAUUGUUGAUGCCCUUUUAAAGGAGUUGAUACCUGCUAUGCCAGUAAUCUUCAUUAAUGCCAUUCCCAUGGACCGCCAGGAGACAAAGAAUGUAUAUGAGUGUCCUGUGUACAAAACACGAAUGCGUGGGCCCACCUAUGUUUGGACCUUUAAUCUGAAAACUAAAGAGAAACCAACUAAGUGGGUGUUAGCUUCUGUAUGCCUGCUUCUAAGUGUCUAG